AUGGAUUGCAGUAGUGAUAACUCUGAUUUCUUAUCUCUGGAAUCGUCCGAUUGUGACUCCUUCCAUAGCAUUGACUCCUCCACGCCUACCCUAAAUGAUACCUUAUCCUCUAUUUUUCAAAACUUGCCUAAGCACUUCAAUGUUGUACACAUUAACGCCCAGAGCGUUCCAGCUCAUCACACAGAUCUCCUUACGUUGGCCUCUAAAGACAUCCAUGCCAUACUUAUUUCUAAAACUUGGUUCAAUCCUUCCCUUUCCUCUGGUACUUACUCUCUUCCUGGUUACAAUUUAAUUAGAAAUGACCGACUCGGCACGCGUGGAGGUGGUGUGGCAAUUUACUUACGUUCUCACAUCCCCUUCUCCAUCAUUAGCUCAUCGCCACAGCCUCCACCUAGCAAUGCAGCCGAGAAUCUCCUUAUCGAAGUUCUUCUAUCCAAUUCUAAGCUUCUCCUAGGAGUCUUCUAUUCCCCCUCAUCAUCGGUGGACUACUUUGAUUCCUUUGAAGACACCAUCGACCAAUUUUCUCCCUUAUAUAAAAACACAAUAGUCAUGGGUGACUUUAACACAUGUCUGCUGAAAAAUGAUUCUCGCUCCAGACGGCUCCUUUCUUUAACUCACUCUUACAACCUACAAAACUUAUAUCUUAACGCUACGCAUAAAGUCCCCGGUUUUACUCCGUCACUUUUGGAUCUUAUUUUUGUUUCCUCUCCUCACCUUGUCACUAAGCAUGUGCAACUUCCUGCUGUCGCCUUCUCUCACCAUGACCUUCUCCAUCUCUCCUUUAAAGCGAAGCCACCCAAACAGAAGCCCACGGUAGUUAUAGGUCGCAGCUUUGGUGGAAUCGACCAUGAUAGCCUGCUCAGUGAUGCAUCCAAAAUUGACUGGAGUGGUCUGUACGACUUACCUUACCUCGACGACAAAGUUGAGUUGUUCACUUCUUCCAUCACAAACCUCUAUGAUAAGCACGCCCCAUUGAGACGUGUUAAACUUAAACAUUUACCUGCUCCCUGGCUCUCUGAUGAGAUAAAAAGAUUGAUUCACAAAAAAAACAGAGCCAUAGCUAAAAUGAGAACUGCCAAAUCUGAUACGGAGCGCGAAAAAUAUAAAGCAGUUCGAAAUCGUUGUAAUACUCGCUGUCGUGAUGCUCAAAGGCAACAUAUCCACGACUCAGUAUCCAAUGGCGACACCUCAAAAAUCUGGAAGUUCCUCAAAAACCUGGGGAUUGGCAGAUCGGCACAGAAUAUUAUUUCUUCAGCAAUAGAUAUAAACAACCUUAACUCUCACUUCACCUGUUCUCCUGAAUUCACCGAGCGUGAAGUGGAGGGUUGCAUCCUGUCUAUCUCGUCGGAUGCUGUCGGAUGGGAUCAAGUUAGUCGUGCUAUGAUCUUACCUAUCUUGCCAGCUAUUCUUCAAGUUAUUACUCAUAUUUUUAAUUAUUCAGUUACUAGUGGUAAAUUCCCUACUUCUUGGAAGGAUAGCCUAGUUAUUCCUAUUCCCAAACGGCCCGAUCCAAUUAACUUUUCUGACUUCCGGCCCAUUACUAUUCUACCAUUCCUAUCUAAAGCUCUAGAGCGCCUUAUACACUCGCAGCUUAGCGGAUUUCUGAAUAAAAACUCAAUUCUAGACCCUCUCCAAUCGGGUUUUCGCCCGGGGCAUAGCACGACUACUGCAUUGGUUAAAGUUUGUGACGACAUUCGCCGAGGGAUGGAUGGUGGGCAGCUCACUGUUCUCACUCUGCUUGACUUUAGCAAUGCUUUCAAUACUGUGAACUUUGAAGGUUUGUGGUUGUGGGUUGCUUCGCUCUAUGAAUAUCUGUCCAUCCGCUAUUGA